AUGCGUCCGAUCUUCGACGGCGUCAGCGCCUACGUCGACGUCACGCUCACCGGUAACGUCGACGCCAGCGCGCCGUUUCGCGCGAAACUCGUCGCGAAGGGCGCGAAAGUCACGGUGAACAUUUGUCCAACGACCACGCACGUCAUCUUUCGCGCCGCGGACGCCGCGCGAGGCGUCGCGCUGCACCGCAAACUGGCCGAGAUGAAGCUCGCGUCCAAGGUCAAGGUCGUGUCACCGCUCUGGAUCACGAACUCCGAGCGCCGAGGGGAGAUGGUGGACGCGAAGGACUUCGCGACGACGCCGCGCGGCGUCCCGUCCAAAUAUUCGACGACGCCGAAGCGGAACGUCACGCCGAAGAACGCAUCGCGAAGCGGAACGAAAAAGCGCGAUCGCGAGUGCUUGGAAUCUGUGGAUUUAAUGAAGUACGACUCAGACGUGCGACGGAUGGCGGAGAUCGCGGCGGAGUUGGACGCGGAGCGCGCGCGCGCGGCGGCGCUCGACGACGGCGACGCGACGACGAAGAAGACGUUCGCGGAGGCGGUGCGAGCGACGUCCGCGAAGAAGAAAAGACGCAAGGUCGAGUUUAGUGAGUGCGAUGAAAACGUCGCGCCGACGGAGGAUUCGAACGGCGCGUGA